UGCUGGUUAUCUCGUACUUAGUACUUGAGUGUGGAGUUUGGAGUCUGCCCUCCCCUCCGAUAAAACAUAAUAGGAGAAGCUUGGACUUGCUUUGCCUUUCUUUUUGGCCCUUUGCUGCUUCUCCAGCCACUGACUCUGACUCUGGGUCUUUUUUUUUUUUUUUUUUUUCGGUGUGUGUGUGUGUGUGUCGGUUUUGAUUCACCUGGCCGCAGAGAGAGGACGCACAAUGUUAACUCUUGUUGUGUUUUUGCUUUGUGUAGGCUCCUCUGUCUCAGCUUCUACAAAAGGUGGUGCUGCUGGGCCCCGUCUGAACAACAACCAGCUGUACAAAUUCAGCUACACCACUGAGGUGCUGGUGGACAAGGCCAGGGGGUCAAAAGAGGGCAGUGCUGGCUACAGGAUCUCAAGUGAUGUUGAUGUCAACCUAGUGUGGCGAGAUCCCAGCAGCAAGGACGACCAGCUGAUUCAAGUGGCGAUCUCAAAUGUGAGGCUGGAGCCUGUGUCCCGUCGAUCUGAGAAGAAGAACGUCCUUCAUGGAUCGACAACUGAAAGCGUUUUGGGGAAGACCAAACUGGCAGCUCUGACAAAACCUUUCUUGGUGCAUCUUAGAAAUGGGAAGACAAAAGCAUUUUAUUCCUACUGGGCUGAACCUGCAACCGUCAAGAACCUAAAACGAGGGCUGGCCAGCUUGCUGCAAGUGCAGCUCAAUACUGGGAAGGUUAUAGAGAAUGACGUGUCUGGAAGGUGCACAGUUGAGUACAAGGCAGCAAAAGGUCAAGUGACAAGAACCAAGCUCCUGGAGACAUGUAAAACUGCAGAGACUGGAUUCACCACGCACAGUCAGGUCUUGGGUGUGAGCAGGAAGUCCAGUUCUGUUACGGUGUUCACGCUCGAGGACGGUUUUAUCCACUCAGCCGUGGCUGAAGAAAAGCACUCAGUGGGUGUUAACGCUCGCAACUCUGCUGCAGCUAAAGUCGUGUCAAGGCAAACCCUCACGCUGGUGGGCACAGAGGCCGGACCACUGGAGGCUGCUGGGAAAGAUGUCUCUGGGGUUGUCAAGUCAGUUGAUGCUAAACUGGCAGCUGUUGGUAUCGUGGCUGAGAAGGUCAAAACCCAAUGCAAGGGUUGUCCAUCACUUUUUGAACAUUGGCAAGCUCAACAGAAGCAGCUGGAGCCAGCGAGCCUGUCCAAAGCCACGGCUCCUCGCAGCUUCCUGGCCCUCAUCCAGAGCAUUAGGAAGGCGUCCAAGGACGAGAUCCUCAAAGUGCUGAAGAGUGCCAGCAAGACAUCUCUACCUCAGGUGGUGGAUGCUGUGACCUCCUCCCAGACUGCUGCAUCCCUGGAUGCCAUGCUUCAAUUCCUCAACUUCACCGAUGCUAAAGGUUUGGUCCUGCAGGAGAGAUUCCUCUACGCAUGUGGCUUUGCUUCACAUCCCAACGAGAGAAUGCUCCAGGCUCUGCUGGACAUUUCCAAGGGAAAGAUCAGCAGCACUGACAUUAAAGAGUCUGUGGUGAUCAUUAUGGGAGCCCUGGUCCACAAACUGUGUCAGAAAGGAGGGUGCAACUUACCAACAGUGGUGAAGGUGAAGAAGCUGAUUUUGGACGGUCCCGACAGCACACAGGAUGAGUCCGAGGUCCAGAUGUAUCUCCUGGCUCUGAAAAACUCACUGCUCCCUGAGGCCAUUCCCAUCUUUACCAAAUAUGCAGAGUCAGAGGUUGGAGCUUACAACACCAUCUCUCUCACCGCCCUGCAGAGAUACGAUAUCAAGCUCAUGACAGAUGAGGUAUGCCAGAGUUAACAUUUUGUGAACAGGGUUUACCACCAGAAUCGACGGAUCUACGAGAAAAACGUGAGAGCUGCCGCUGCUGACGUCAUCCUCAGUAGCAACCCUUCAUACAUGGAGGUCAAGAAUCUGCUUCUGUCCAUUGGAAACCUGCCCCAUGAAAUGAACAAGUACAUGCUGUCGAAGAUCCAGGACAUCCUCCACUUCCAGCUGCCUGCCAGCAAAGUCAUACGCCAAGCUAUGAGGGACAUGAUUUCCCAUAACUAUGAUCGAUUUGCAAAAGUUGGGUCAUCAUCUGCGUUCUCAGGAUUCAUGGCACAAUCUGCUGAUGUGACCUCUACGUACAGUUUGGACAUCCUGUACUCAGGCUCUGGCAUCCUGAGGAGAAGCAACAUGAAUAUUUAUGGUGCUAGUAAAGGAGCAAUGCUACAUGGACUACAGGUGGCAAUCGAGGCCCAGGGUCUUGAGUCACUGAUUGCUGCCACACCUGACGAGGGGGAGGAAAACCUGGAGUCGUUCGCUGGGAUGUCAGCUCUGCUGUUCGAUGUCCAGCUGAGGCCCGUCACCUUCUUCAAGGGUUACAGCGACCUCAUGUCCAAAAUGUUCUCCAUGACUGGGGAGCCUAUGAACGUGGUGAAAGGUCUCAUCCUGCUAACUGAUCAUUCUGAGGUCAUCCAGCUUCAAUCUGGUCUGAAGGCGAGUACAGAGUUUCAAGGAGGUUUAGCCAUUGAUAUUUCUGGAGGCAUGGAGAUCAGUCUGUGGUACAGAGAGUCCAAGACCAGCGUCAACAAUAGAGGAGCACUGGUGGUCACUGGUAACAUUACUGUGGACAUGGACUUCAUGAGAGCGGGCGUAGAGGUCAGCUUUGAAACAGAGGCAUCCCUGGAUUUCAUCACCACUGUCCAGUUCUCGGAAUAUCCCUUCUUGGUGUGCAUGCAGAUGGACAAAACCACUUUCCCCUUCAGUGAAUAUGUGACCAAAUAUGAGAGCCUGUCAUCAGGCAGGAACGUUGUGUCGCGUAGGAGCAAGAAGCAGCUGGUCCCUGGCUCUGAAUUCCCUCUUCACCAGGAGAACUCAAACAUGUGCAAGAAGGUUUUCGACUCCAGCUGGUAGAGAUAGAGUGAACUCUCCAGGAGCGAGUCUUCUCUAUACUAAUGGGCAGGUUAUUGUAACUCAGUUCAUUGAGAGUUCAUUGCAUUCAGGGACAGCUGUCACACCUCAGCCUUAAGCAGUGAAUGACUGUGAGAGAGAAAAUUGGUGAAUGUUUUUUUUUUUUUUUUUUUUAAAGAAGACAUGCAAUGUUUACAUUCCUGUGAGUAUUUAAGUCAUUUUAAUUUGACGUUUUGUUUGAAAUCAGGAAUUCUUACAUUGUCUUUUUAUGGAUUUCUUUGAAAAUUUAUUUAUGACGGGCACAUAAGGAUGUAUGUUUUAUUUGAUGCAUAAUACUCAGCACAAAUAGUACCACUGUAAUUUUCCCCAACACAGUUACAGUAAAGCCAUAUAUGUAAAUAUCACACUGGAGGCGGUGGAUUAACUUUCCCAUUAACAGAAACGCUCCUUUCACUCAACAUUCCUUUGUUUUUUAAUUAAAUGUGUUUACUACAAAGGAGCAAUUUAUUGUUUUAUGUCACACUUGAAAUAACUUAUGUACUGGAAUAAUGAUUAGCCAUUAAUUCCAUCGUUUAUAAUCAUGUUGGUGAUUUGUUAAUUGCUCCUACAGAGAAGUGUGUGUAUUGUCUUUACAUUGAUGAAAAUCACACUUGUAAAAGUGAAUCUGAAUAUAUUUUUUUUUGUACGUGGCUGUAAUUGCUAAAAAUGCUUGGGCAAGGCAAAGACUUUUGAGCGACUUUGAAUUUGUGUUUCCAUAUUUAGGGAUCACUCUGUUGGAUUUGUAAUUGGCUGACAUUAAAUGUGAACUGGAAACACUGUG